AUGCAAGACGUCCAGAAGAAUAAUCCACAGAGUGAGGAUCCCAGAGAAAUCCACAGUGGGACCUGCAAGACUGUGAUACCAAGCUGCGACCAGGGAAACUGCAGCACCUGCCCAGAUCAGCCUUCUUGUAGUUCUCCACAAAUUCUUUCUGUAGCAGAGCUGAUGGAUGCAUUUAAUGGAGUUUCCAAGAUGAGCAUUGCACAUGAAAUUGUGGUGAACCAGGAUUUCCACAUGGAACAGAUUGACUUCUCUCCAGAUAGCCUGGAAAGCAAGAUUAAGGAAACAAUGCAAAAUGCUUUCUGGGAUCAUCUUCGAGAACAGCUGUCAGCUACUCCUCCAGAUUAUUCUUAUGUUUUGCAGCUUCUGAAAGAAAUCAAGGAGAUUUUGUUAUCACUGCUCCUGCCUCGCCAGAACCGUCUAAAAAACCAGAUUGAAGAAGUGAUGGAUAUGGAGCUCCUCAAGCAGGAAGCUGACCAUGGAGCACUGGAUGUCUCUCAUCUCUCCACCUACCUCCUGAGCAUGAUGACAAUGCUUUGUGCUCCAAUCCGAGAUGAAGAGAUUCAGAAACUCGAGAACAUAUCAGACCCAGUGCAGCUCCUGAGGGAGAUAUUCCAUGUUCUAGGCCUGAUGAAAAUGGACAUGGUGAACUUCACCAUCCAGAGUAUACGACCGCAUCUGCAGGAGCACUCGAUCCAGUAUGAACGAGCCAAAUUCCAAGAGCUUCUCCAGAAAAUGCCCAACUUCCUUGAUCAUACCACAAAGUGGCUAACCCAAGCAGCUGCUGAAGUAAUGACACCCCCUUCAAACUAUGACCUUCCAGACCAAAUCAGUUCUUCACCUGCAGAUGGGACAAUGAAAGAGAGUUGUAUCAUAAGCCCCUCAAUUGUGCUAAACCAGGCGUACAUGAAUCUUCUUCAGUGGGAUCCUAACAAUGAGGAAUUCCCAGAGACGGUGAUGAUGGACAAGACCCGGCUGCAGGAGAUUCAAUGCCAGUUAAAUCGACUGACCGUUUUGGCCUCUGUUCUGCUAGUGGCCAACAGUUACUGUGGCACUAAGUUAAUGAAUUCACCUCAGUUUGUACACAAACUGAAACAAAUAAUCAGAGUUCUGUUGGAGGAAAAUCAGUCAAAGCUCGAAGAGGCUUUGCUGACUAUAAGUGACCAAGUGCUUCAGGAAAUACAGCAGGCCUUUGUGGACCUGAACCUUCCUGCCCUAAGCAAAGAGAGCAUAACUUCCCUGUCAGGCCAGAUCCAUAGUGUGGCCAAGGAGGACAACUGCGUCCGCAGCAUCAUUGAUCAACGGAUCCGUUUGUUUCUCAAAUGCUGCCUGCUCCGAGGCCUGCAGCCUUCUCUGAGGGACCUCCCUGGAGGCAUCACCCCUAUUGAAGAGGAGCUGGCAGAGAUAGGCCAGAAAUUUUCAGCCCUGAUCCAUCACAACCAACAAGUGUUUGGGCCCUACUAUGCUAACAUCUUAAAAAAAAUUCUUUUAACUUCGCAAGAGGCGGAAGCAAGCGUUGAUUCUACCUGA